CUCAAUUCUCCCACGCCUCUCUAUUUCUUCUUUUUUUCCGGGUUGAUACUUUUUUCCAGAGUCUAGAACCAGUUCCCCAACUUCGAUUUUCCCAUUCGACUCUGACACUCAUGGCCGGAGGACACAGACUAACCGCAGGACUCAAUAAGCCCAUUGUACUUCUCAUUGUCAUAGCUGGCGUGGAGAGGUUUGCAUUCAAGGGUGUGGCGUCCAAUUUGGUGACUUAUCUUACUGAUGUUGUUAAAAUGACCAACUCGUCGGCGGCGAAGAUGGUUAACAGUUGGUGCGGUUUUACGUCUAUGGUGCCGCUGGUAGUGGCUCCGCUUGCUGACUCUUACUGGGACCGGUAUACCACCGUACAAUCUGCUGCCUUGCUCUAUGCUUUGGGACUCGUAAUGUUAGCGUCUACGGCGCUGGGAUGGCUUUUGAUUCCGAUAGGCAAAGUUAGCUCCUCGGCACUCCUUCACUGGUCUCUCUAUCUGAUUUCACUAGGCCAAGGUGGGUAUAACCCUUCCUUGCAAGCCUUUGGAGCUGAUCAGCUGGACGAUGGGGAUGAAUUACCUAGCAACAAAACUGACCACAGUUCUGAUAAGAAGAGAUUAUUUUUCCAGUGGUGGUACUACGGCAUUUGUUGUGGCAGCUUGCUUGGAGUCUCCCUCAUGUCAUAUAUCCAAGAUACUCUGGGAUGGGGAUUGGGAUUUGCCAUCCCUGCAAUUUCAUUUCUAGCGUCCAUUGCAAUAUUUUUAUUGGGGAACCGGUUUUAUAAGCAUAAGAAGGCCAAGAAUGUCGAUAACAAGUCGACGGAAAACAUGAUACAAACAGUCAAAACAACUCUAUCAAGGAUGUUCUGCGGCAAGAUUGAUUUGGAUAGAAACUCAGAUGUGGCUGAGCUAGAACUCCAGGAGAAACCACUCUUUGACGCAGAUCCUGAAGGAAUGGAAGGCUUGUAUGAGAAAUCUGAGAAUGAGAAUCAUCUUGUUCAAAUUGCAAAAAUGGUGCUGCCUCUGCUGCCAGUUUGGACCAUGCUUCUGAUGUUUGCUGUGAUUUUUCAGCAACCUCCAACAUUCUUUACCAAACAAGGCAUGACGAUGAAGAGGAAUAUCGGCAGCAAAUUCAAGAUCCCACCAGCAGCACUUCAAAGUGCAAUAACCGUCUCUAUUAUCCUCUUGAUGCCUUUGUAUGACAUCCUCUUCAUACCCUUAACCCGAAUCCUCACUCAAAAUGAGAAAGGAAUCAGCGUGAUACAGAGGAUGGGAAUUGGAAUGUUUUUGUCGGUGAUAGCCAUGGUGAUUGCUGCUUUAACUGAAAGGAAGAGGCUUGAGCUGAGCAGACAAAUGGUAGCUUCUGAUCUGCUGUCUGAAACCGUACCAUUGAGCAUCUUUUGGCUGCUUCCUCAAUACAUUUUGCUGGGCAUUUCUGAUAUAUUCACGGUCGUAGGCAUGCAAGAGUUCUUCUAUUCUGAGGUUCCUCUCAGAUUUAGAACAAUGGGUAUAGCUCUGUAUACCAGCGUCUUCGGGGUAGGAAGCUUCUUAAGCGCCCUGCUUAUUUCUCUGGUUGAACGCUUCACAAGUUCCGGUGGAAGAGAAAACAGUUGGUUCAAUGAUGACAUGAGAAAUUCCCGUCUAGACAACUACUACUGGCUGCUAGCCAUACUCGAUUCUGUAAGCUUCGUAGGAUUUGUAAUUUUCUUUAGAUUCCAUAAAAGUAGAAUAUGACCGGUCAGCUCAGUUGUAGCCAAGUUCGCAUUGUAUCAAACGAAGUUGUAUUCAG